AUGCCGACUAGAUUCAAACUCAAUACCGGCGCCGAAAUCCCGGCCAUUGGGUUUGGCACAUGGCAAGACGAACAAGCCCAGGAAGACGCCGUGACUGAGGCUCUGAAAGCUGGGUAUCGACAUAUAGACACGGCCAGAGUAUAUCUCACCGAGAAAGCCGUUGGCAAAGCCAUCAAGAAAAGUGGCAUCCCACGUCAUGAGCUCUUCGUCACGACCAAGUUGUGGAAUCACCAGCAUCACCCGGACGAUGUUCCAGCAGCACUCCAGCAAUCGCUCGAUGAUCUAGCGAUGGACUAUGUUGACUUAUACCUGGUUCAUUGGCCCGUUGCUUGGAAGCGCGGCGAGGAUCUCUUUCCCAAAAAAGACAACAAUUUCGUCUUGGAGGAGAUUGACUUUGUCGACACAUACAAGGCCAUGGAAAAGCUCUUGGACACGGGCAAGGUCAAAGCAAUCGGCGUCUCCAACUUUUCUCACGCGGAAAUGGAGCGGUUGCUGGAGAACACCUCCGUGGUUCCGGCGGUCCAUCAGAUGGAGUGUCAUCCCUGGCUCCAGCAGCGUUCGUUCGCUGCGUGGCAUCGACAGAGGGGCAUCCAUAUCACGCACUACUCGCCACUUGGUAAUCAGAAUCAACUCUAUCAAGCCAAGGGCGCUGUGGGCAAAUUGAUUGAAGAACCGACCCUCGCUGAAAUUGGCAAGCAGUAUGAUAAAAGCGCACCUCAAGUGACUCUAGCUUGGGGUGUGACGCAGGGGCAUUCGGUGCUUCCAAAGUCCAAGACCCCGUCUCGCAUUCAAAGCAAUCUCAAAGGCGAUUUUCGACUGAGCCCGCGUGACAUGGAAAAGAUUCAACACCUUGAUAGAAAGCUUCGCUUCAACGAUAGCAGUGGGGACUUUGGACGAGACUUUUUCACUGAUCUCGACGGCAAACAGCUAUGA